AUGUCGCCCUUCAAACGACUCAUCUCACUGCUAAGUGGUGCUUCUCUUCUGAGCGUUGCCUAUGCCCAGCCGUCACCCGUCGUGCAAGAAAGAAUAUCUGCUGCAAUUGCGAAAGCUGCUAUAGAUCCGUACGAUGUUAACUAUACCGAGUUUGUGAACGUAUUUAUCGGAACUAACGAUUACGGUGAUGUCUGUCCUGGGGCUUCUAUACCUUUUGGCAUGGUCAAAUUUUCGACGGAUCUCACGGGGUAUGCUCCUGCCGGUGUGUACCAGCCAUUCUGCAGUCGUAUACUGGAUGACAUGAUAAAUGGACCAGGAUACGUCACGGACCCAACUCAGAAAAUACGGGGCUUAAGUCCGAUGCACGACAGUGGGACUGGAUCUUCUCUUGGAACGUAUGGCAAUUUCGAGAUCAUGCCUCUUUUGUGUCCGGGAGGUUACGAGACCUGCACUGUAAGGUUGGACGAUCGUGAACGGUACCGGAAGAAUAAUACAGAUGUGAUCAUCCUUGCUCAGAUGCUUACCCCGGCUACUUCUCUCAAACUAUGGACAACGACAUCAAGAUGGAAGCCACCUCAACACGCCGCGCUGGCCUGGAACGUUUUACUUUUCCCGAAGGAUCGGGAACGCCCUAUUUUGUUCUCGAUCUCGCAAACGAUCUUCCGCAGUCAUUUGCCGGUGGUUACUUGGACAUCGACCCAGCCUUGGGUAGAAUCACCAUCGGAGGACACUGGGGAUCGAGGCAUGUGGUCGCUUUGUUACCCAUGGGACAUUUCUCAUCAAGCUGUGAAUAGUUUUGGACCUGGGGCGUUUCACUACCAAGCAUUUGCUUGUUACGACUUGCUUGACGACGGGAAACAGACACUAGACGAGUACGGCGUCUGGACAGGCGAGACGUACGGACUUGAUUACUGGGAUGAUGCUAAGGGCCUAGGAGAGACACAUCUGAACCUAUCAGUGAACCUCAUUGGUGAUGUGUAUCAGUCUGGCGCCCUCUUUUCAUAUGCGGGGGAGCCCAGUGAGAUCAAUAUCCGAGUUGGCAUCUCAUUCGUAUCCGCGGAGCAAGCAUGUCUGAAUGCAGAGACGGAAGUGGGAAGUGCAACAUUCGAUGAGAUCAUCACGCAAUCCCAGACGCUCUGGAACGAACAACUAAGCAAAGUUACGAUUGACUUUUCUCACACAGAGCCCAAUAUCACGGAGCUUCUUUAUUCUUCCUUGUAUCGCGCAUCGUUGACGCCGAAUAAUGCCACGGAUGAAACGCAAGGCGUGUUCGCCAACACCACGCACUUUUAUUUUGAUUCAUUGUAUUGCAGCUGGGAUACGUUCCGUACUUUCUAUCCCCUGAUGGCGUUGCAUUCCCCGGUGGAAUUCGCUCAGAUUGUCGACAACUACAUCGAUAGCUAUCUCAAACGUGGGUGGAUGCCCGAUUGUAGGGCGAACAAUCUUCCGGGUUGGACACAAGGAGGCUCAAGUGCCGAUGUAAUUGUGGGACACUUUGCCAUGACUUACCACGAUGAAGCCAAGCAACUUGGCAUCGACCUGGAGCAGCUGUAUGCGGCAAUGAUCGCCGAUGGGGAAGUCAAUCCACCAGAAUGGAACAUUCAAGGCCGUCAAGUUAAUGUUUACAGACAAUACGGGUAUAUUCCUUUUGCAGUCCUCGAUACUGCUAGUACGGGUCGUAUGACAAGGGAAGGAAGCAGGACGGUUGAGUAUGCAUACGAAGAUUUUGCCAUCCGUCAAGUAGCAUUGCUAUUAAACAAGACAGAAGAUGUAGACACAUACACAAACCGGUCCUACUUCUAUCGCAAUGUUUGGGAUCCCACCGUCGAGAGUGACGGAUUCACUGGCUUCGCUCAGAAGCGCUAUUCCAACGGCACUUUUUACUACACCGACCCUAUUGACUGUUCUCCAGCCGACCCAGAUCCCAAUAGGGAAUGCUCUUUGCAGGACGAUAACGUCGUCGGCUUUUACGAGUCGUCGUCUUGGGAGUACAGCUAUUUCGCUCCACACGAUAUGGCUUACCUAGUUCAAGUUAUGGGAGGUAACACUACCUUUGUUGAACGUUUAGACCAUUUUUUCAAUGCGAGCUAUUUCAACGUCGGAAAUGAGCCAUCUUUCAACACACCUAUCAAUUAUCAUUAUGCCAAUAGUCCGACAAACAGUGUCGAUCAAGUGCACAAUACUGUCUUCGAAUAUUUUGACAUCACGCCAGCCGGAUUGCCUGGCAACGACGACCAAGCAGCAAUGGCGACUGUGCUAGUCUGGCACCUACUUGGGCUGUAUCCUGUGCCUGGUACAUCAGAAAUACUAGUGGUCUCUCCCUUCUUGCCCACAUACACCAUUCACAAUAGCUAUCUGGGGGUCAGCACGACAGUAACAGUCCAGAACUUCGACUCUCGCUCAGUCCAGCAGACCAUACCACCCGGCGUGGCCGCAUAUGUGAAGAGCGUCACUAUCAACGGCCAGCUGUCCCCAUCAAGGUGCCACUUCGACUUCUACGAUACAUUCCGAGUCGGCGGGGAAGUAAUCAUUGAGGUAACCUCCGACAAGAAUUCAGUUAAUGAUUGCGGAACAUCUUUGCCUUAUUCCUUAUCUACUGGCGGCUUCAAUAGUGUCCGAUGA